AUGUCAGACGCAAUAGCUAGUAAAGAAGAAGUUGCUCUUGUCUUUGACAAGUUGAGAAAAGACCCUGCUAAUCAGAUUUGUUUUGAUUGUUCUAACAAGAAUCCUACUUGGACGUCAGUUCCUUUUGGUAUAUUCUUAUGUUUACAAUGUUCAUCAGUCCACCGUAACUUGGGGGUGCACGUUUCAUUCGUCAGAUCUUCCAACUUGGAUAGCUGGCAGCGUAUGCAAUUGAGAAAUUUCAAAUUUGGAGGUAACCAACCAGCCAAGGAUUUUUUUAUCAAGAAUGGUGGCUCUCAAUUUGUCAAUAAUAAACAAAGUGUCGAUGCUACGGCAAAAUAUUCUUCACCUGCUGCUAACAAAUAUAAGGAAAAGUUGAAACAAAAGGCUAACGCUGAUGCAAUCAAACAUCCAGAUGUUGUCACUUUGGAUGAUUUAGCUGAUGCAUCAUCGCUGACCAAUGUUUCGUCAAAUGAUAGUACUGACGACUUCUUUUCAAAUUGGACCAAACCAGUUGCUGCUACGCCAUCUCCAUUGGGGUCACUAAGUGGUACACCAAGUGGAUCAACUGAUGAUUUGCUGAAAAAGAAACCAGCGUCAAGAACUAGCACACCAACCCCAACUGCAGCCAAAGCCACCACGUCAUCUCGAUUGAAGAAUAACAACAACACCGCUAAAGCAUCUAUUCUAUCCUCAAAAGGGAACGGACCAAGAAAAUCGAGAUUGGCAGCCAAGAGAAUCAACAAAAAUGAUGAAGUUAUCGAUUUUGAUGAGAUUGAAAGAAAGGCGCGUGAGGAAGAGGAGGAGCGUAAGAAGUUGGGUUACUCGCCAGAAGAGACUACUACAACUCCUGUUUCAACUACGCCAUUGGAGAAAAAGCCAUCGAGUUCAUUGUCGUUGAAGCUGGAUGCAAAGAGUGAGAAGUUGGCUCCUACACCAAUUCAAGAAACCACCCAACAAUUUCAAAAAUUAGGAUUCGGGAUGGUUCAAGGUGACAAUGUUGUUAGCAAUGGUCCAGCUAAAAAAUAUAAGGAUGUAAAGUAUACAGGAGAGGUUUCGAACAAGUUUGGAACUCAAAAGGGUAUUUCAUCGGAUGAGUUCUUCGGAAGGGGACCACGAUUCGAUGAAAAUGCUACAAAUGAAGCCAGGGCCAAACUACAAUCUUUCAAUGGUGCUCAAUCCAUCUCCUCUUCGUCUUAUUUUGGUGAAGAAGAGGAGGGUCAGGGCUCAGCUGGUGGCAGAGGCCGUGGCGGAUCACAAGGUGGACUCAACUUGGGUGACUUGGAAGCAAGUGCACGUGAAUUUGCUUCAAGAUUCUCAGGCAAUGCCAAUGAGGAUAUGGAGGUGUUGAAGGACGCGUUGGAAGACGGAGCAACAAAACUAGGAUCUUAUUUGAGAGAUUUCCUAAGGUAA